GACAAUUCGGAGUAUCCGAAUCGCUUACACCAAGAGGCUUUACGUCCGAGGUGUUCUGUGUUACGAUUGCCCGUACAGGAUAUUUUAUUUUACGGGGGCGGUCUUGGCGCCCCUUGCAGUUGUUCUCACUAUACGGUGUGUACAGUGAAAGUCAUGUGCAUAUUUAACCGUGGACGUUGGUUAUGGGAGUAUACUAGCAAUCAGCAACUUCUUCAACAAUUUCUCACUCCGGACAUCCAGCCCAAAAUUCUUCAAACUCAGCAUGGCGUCAUCCCCGAAGCGUCUCACAGGCGACAAGCCUGCUAUCGAUGCCUUCAUUGACAAAUUCGAGAUCUUUUUGUUCGACUGCGAUGGUGUAUUAUGGUCGGGGGAUCACCUCUUCCCCGGCACUGUGGAGACGUUGGAGUUAUUGAGAGCAAAAGGCAAGAAGACUGUGUUUGUAACGAAUAACUCAACGAAAUCUCGAGCCGAUUACCAGAAGAAGUUCACUGCGCUGGGUAUCUCAAGUAAUAUCGACGAAAUAUUCGCAUCCGCAUACUCCUCAGCGAUAUACAUAGCCCGAAUUCUGAAACUGCCGGCCCCAAAGAACAAGGUUUUUGUGAUCGGUGAAGCAGGUAUUGAAACGGAGCUGAGAGCAGAAGGCAUUGAGUUCAUUGGUGGAACGGAUCCAGCAUAUCGACGAGAUAUCACACCAGAAGAUUACAAAGAUAUCGCAGAUGAAUCUAUGUUGGAUCCAAAUGUCGGAGUUGUCCUUGCAGGCCUGGAUUUCCACAUAAACUACCUAAAGCUCUCUCUCGGUUAUCAAUAUCUCGCUCGAGGCGCAAAGUUCUUGGUGACGAAUACAGAUAGUAUACUUCCAUCCAAUCACACUUUCUUCCCUGGUGCUGGAUCAAUAUCAAUUCCUCUCAUCAAUAUGACUGGUCAGACACCUAUAGUUCUUGGAAAACCAAGUCAAGCAAUGAUGGACUCGAUAAAAAGCAAAUUUCAAUUUGACCACAAGACUGCUUGUAUGGUGGGAGACCGAUUAGAUACAGAUAUUAAGUUCGGUCUUGAGGGCAAGCUUGGCGGUACUCUUGCAGUAUUGACAGGAGUUAUGAAGAAAGAACAUUGGGAGGCUGAAGAGGCACCAGUUAUCCCCCACUAUUAUGUGGAUAAGCUUAGUGACUUGCGCGCUUGA